AUGCCAGCUGAAGAGGAGAUGAGCGGUGACACCAAGGACCGUGUCGCUCUGCGCCGAUCUGCGGAUCUUGUGUUAGUUCUCAAUACCCCAAAAGGUCGUUCCACGACGCUCUCUGCACGCUACUGGCCUGGGCUGUUUUGUCUGACCUGCUGUUGCACAGGCCGAGGUGUUUUUGCUGCGCGAGACAUUCCUGCCCGGACAACCAUAGAAGUUUGUCCAGUGCUUCUUUUACCUGCCGAUGAGAACGAGAAGCAUAUUAGGCACACCCAUUUGUACCAUUAUACGUACAACUGGCCGACGACGACGGCCGAGGGCAGAAAGCAGAUGACCCAGGCCAUCAUAUUCGGCCUAGGCUCGAUGUUCAAUCACGCUCGAGACCAGAAUGUCGGCUGGGUGCGGGACUUGGAGCAUUCAGUCGUGGUUUAUCAAACUCUUCGCGACGUAAGAGCCGGCGAAGAACUGUGCAUAUCAUACGGGGAUCGCUUAACUUUCGAGGAUGCAGACGCCCCGCCUGUAGUUGAUGAAGGAGAUGGUUCAGACCUGCUAGACAACAUACUCCUUGAUGCAUAA